AAAAGUCCAAGGGGGCGUUUUUUGAUUGAUUGAGUGAGUGAGUUUAGCGAGAGGGAAGCUUGGGUUUCAGCUCCGAUGGUUCACCCAUCAUCGUGAAAGCGAGAUGAUGGAUGGAUUAUGGGAUUCCGGGGCGCCGAGCUAGCGAGACCAGCAAUGGACUGAACUGGACUCGUCUUGUCUUGUCUGUUCUGUUUUCUUUCUAGCGGUGGAGUCUGCUCCUUCUUGUGCAUGGGGACGAGGGUUUCGUCAAGCGAUCGUUGUGUUGGCCCGCGGACGUUUUUUUGUUUCGUUUUUGAUAAUCGGAAGGGCGGUGACGGAUCCAAAGUACCGGAGUGUGUCUAUCCUACACCCAUUCACUUGGACGGAGAUCUCACCAACUACAACCGCCAACGUGAAUUGUGUGACUGGGUUGGUAAUUGGUCGAAGGGUUGGGUGCGGUAUGGCAUGUUUGGUUCCUCGUUCACGUUCAUGUCGCUUCGUUCGGGAGGGAAGGGGAUCCCUGGCACGCUGGCUGCCUUUGGUGCUGUUGGGGCUUUCUCGGCUGAGCCCUGCGGUUGUGUGUGUGACAACCCCGUAAGCUCUUCACGUGUGCGGCUUCUUUAUUUUCCUUUCUUGUUUCUUUUUUUUUUUUCCCUCUUCCUUUCUGUGUGGCUAGUUGUGUGAUUGUGAUAGUGAUUGUGGAAGACUGGAAGUUGAUGGAACGGGAAGGGAGGGGGUGGGAUCUGUCGGAUUGUCAUACCAGCCUUGUAAGUAUGUACGAGUAUGUACUGUGUAAGAUGAUG